GUCACCGUGAGAGACUGUUGGAAGGAUCGCCACGUUAUUCACUCUGUCGGUCUGUCUCUCUGCCAGUCUGUGUGUGUCUCUGCCAGUCUGAGUGUGUCUCUGCCAGUCUGUGUGUGUUGAUCCGUAAAGAACAUUGUGGAGUGUGGACCAUGAAGCCGAAUUGUAUUUUACAUCCAAAUCAGCAGAAACAGACAGAAGAGGAACUUGGGACGGGAGGAGCGUGAUAGCUGGUGAUCUCUGAUGAAAACGAGCAGCAAUAACAGGACCCAACCAGCCACUCUCACUGAGGAAACGAUUAACCUGUCGUGGUUUAUUGACCCGAACGGACAUCUGAAGAAUAUUCAAAUGGACCUCCCUUAAUAAAGGGAGAUGUUCAGGACUAGAUAGAAACUGGUCAGUACCGAAACAUCUUACCUUCAGCACCAAAACAGAAUCUGUUACUGGAGUAACUGGUCAGUACCGAAACAUCUUACCUUCAGCACCAAAACAGAAUCUGUUACUGGAGUAACUGGUCAGUACCGAAACAUCUCUCCUUCAGCACCAAAACAGAAUCUGUUACUGGAGUAACUGGUCAGUACUGAAACAUCUUACCUUCAGCACCAAAACAGAAUCUGUUACUGGAGUAACUGGUCAGUACUGAAACAUCUUACCUUCAGCACCAAAACAGAAUCUGUUACUGGAGUAACUGGUCAGUACCGAAACAUCUUACUUUCAGCACCAAAACAGAAUCUGUUACUGGAGUAACUGGUCAGUACCGAAACAUCUUUCCUUCAGCACCAAAACAAAAUAUGUUACUGGAGUAACUGGUCAGUACUGAAACAUCUUUCCUUCAGCACCAAAACAGAAUCUGUUACUGGAGUAACUGGUCAGUACCCAAACAUCUUUCCUUCAGCACCUAAACAGAAUCUGUUAGUGGGGAAACUGGUCAGUACCCAAACAUCUUACAGAGGAACCUUCAGCACCAAAACAUAAUUUCUUACUGAAGAAACUGUUCAGCACUGGAACAUGUCUCACUGAAGAAAGUCUUCAGUACCAAAACUACUCCCUGAGGAAACUGUUACGAACCAAUAUAUCUCUUACUGAAGACAGUUCAGUCCCAGCGAGCUGAGAGGAGUCAGGAUGUUCGGUCCCCGGACGACAUUAAACCCAGAUUGGAUUUGGCUUCGCGUCUCUUUGUGGAGUGGAGGAGAGGAGUGGAGAGAAGAGGUUUCUAUUUGUGCUGAUGGUGUGUGAUCGAUAGAGAGAGGACGACAUCGUGAGAUGGCUGAUAAUUCAUCAAUGCCAGUAUUGAUAGAAAUACAGAAAUAUGUCAAAUAAUAACAAUCACCGUAAUCAAUCAUCAAUGGACAGACAGUGGACUUAAGAUAAACGCAUGGAUUCAGGAGAAUGAAAGUCACUAGUUUGGAUGUCAUAUUCAGGGGAGCACAUGUUGUACAAUGGGAGGACAAGUCUCAGACCCUGGCAAGAACAUAGACACUCUUCCUGUAUUGAUUGAGAUUGAGUGAUUUGCGCAACAGGUUAGGUUUGGGCAUGCUAGCGAUUGGUUAGGGUAAGGUUAGCUUUAGGCAUGCUAGCAAAGUGUUCAAGGUUCAGGAUAAGGUUCAUAAAACAAAAACACGCCAAAACAACACACCUGGAUCCAAACCGCAUUACAAAGUCCUGGGUUCAAAAUCCUGCCCACUACGACCUCUGCCAACCUGUUUCCACUAACAGGCUGGAGCAAUCGGAAUGGACUGGGAUCUUUGAAUGCCCAGACACUGAUUGAGACGGUCCAUGUACUGGAUAUUCCAACUCAACUGUAAGCUAACAUAACCAGCGAAGACUACUGUGGAGGUGGAUCUAACAAGCAGACUUCAAGUGGACACUAUGAUGUUGUGUGUAACUGGUUGGAGGAGUGUGAGGUGGACGGCUCGGCCUGGUCAGAGGAGCAUGUGUACGUGUGUGACGCAGAUGGUCCUGAUGUGUCUGACCGUCCUGUCUUCCUGUCUGUCCGUCUCGGCUGAAGACCAGAUCAUCUUCGACCACCAUACUGUCUACUGGAACAGCACGAACCCCAGGUCCUUCUUGAAUUACGGUGACAUUUGGUUGUGGCAGUGUUUUAACCAUGUUGUUGUGUUGCGGUCUAGGUUCCACCAUGACUACAGGGUUGCGGUCAAUAUAAAUGACUACCUCGACAUCUACUGUCCAUUCUACACCAACGGCCCUCCGGCUCACGGUCGAAUGGAACGCUAUAUCCUGUUCAUGGUCAACCACGAAGGAUACACUUCCUGUCAACACAGGAUGAGGGGGUUCAAACGCUGGGAGUGCAACCGUCCUACCGGUCCUGACGGUCCCCUGCGCUUCUCAGAAAAGUUCCAGCUGUUUACGCCUUUCUCCCUGGGCUUCGAGUUCAGGCCAGGACAUGAAUACUACUAUAUCUCGUCUCCUCAUCCCAACCAUGUAGGGAGGCCGUGUCUGAGGCUGAAGGUGUAUGUCAGACCCCCAGGCAGUUCAGGGUUUGACUCUCCAGAGCCCUUUCUGACUGAUGGAGCUGCAGACUGGAGCCCAGAGUCCCUGCUAGCCCCAGCCCUAAUACCCAGCCUGGCCUCACUGCUACUGGGCUUCCUCUCAUCGCUGUGACCCCCCCUACACUGGAGCAAGACCUAGACCAGAGUCUUUGCUGGAAGACUGCCUGUAGGACUGCCUGGCUGGCUGUCCCUCAAACUCCCACACGCUCAGGGAGAAACUCUCUUUCAGUCCUGGAUUAAAAACCACUGUGGGCCCCCAGGACAAGCAUUUACAGCCCCUGGGCUAAUUAAUGGAUGAUGAGCCCCUAGUCUAAACUUAACCCUAACCCCCCUUGGGUGUCUGAAGGGACAUGGAUGGGGGGUGGUGGUACGAGGCUGGACACACGCAUGCCUGACCACUGUGAAUCUGGACUGAACUGACUAAACUGAUGGUGUUUCUGUUAUGUUUACAUGAUCACAUAUAAUUUAAUUGAAGUUGGUCCUACAGAUGAUGUCAUGGUUAUAUUUGAAAUGGACAGUUAAUUAGACUUCCAAAGUGCAGAUUCUGAUCUGACACUCAGAAGCCUUCUGAUGGACAGAGAAAUGACUCAACUAUAUUUACUGCUGCAACCCCCAGCCCACAGAGCGAAGAGGAGAAGGAAGUGGAGAGGGAAAUAAACAAAGGAGAGAGAAAGAAAGAGAGUCUCUGGGGACCGAGACUUCUUUAAUGUCGGGAAACAAACAAGAACACUGACACGUUUCUACCCUGUUUCAUCUUAUUUUUGUUCCGUUUAAAAGCACCAUCAAUUAUUAAUAUGUGUGAGAGAGAGAGAGAGGGAGGGAGAGAGAAAGAGAGAGAAAGGAAAUUUUGGUCCCUACUUUAUUCUCUAACCCUAAAACUGUUGAUGAUGACUCAGUAUUCUGUUCCUCUGAUGUUGCGUGUCUUAGUGUGUGUAAUCCGGUAGUUGGUUCUAUCAUGUACAGCAUUUACGCUAAGGCGAUCCCUGCCAUGGUUUAAUGUAUAAAAGGUUUCCUUCACGUCUCCAUCUCAUCAGUUUGUCUCCUGUUCUGAUCUGUUGUUUUUGUCAAGAUGAUGAGAAACAGGAGAGAAACACACCAAUAAAUAUUGUUUUGUCUACAAAGUGA